UUGGAAAAAAAAGGUUGGAGUGAUAACGUUCGGGAGUUAAAAUUUGUUAGCAAUAAUAAUAAAAAAAAUAUUUUAAAAGGCUAUCUUCUUAGUUAUUGUAAUUUGACUCCUCAAUUAAUUUUUGUUCUUUGCCAAAUACCAGAGGCGGUUAAAAAUUUCUUCGCCAAAAUGAAAGAAGAAAAGGUAAAAAGAAUAAAUGAAAAUUAUGAAAAAGUUGAUUUCAAUAUUGGCGAUUUGGUUAAAAUUACCGAAGGAACCUUUAUCAAUCGGGAAGGAAGAAUUACCUAUUUAGACAAAAAAAAACAAAAAGUUAAGAUUAUCAUUGAGUCUUCGGGUUGA